GACGAAGAGGAAGGAGUGGUGGUGCACAUAUAGAGGGGCGAGAGGGCGCGGCUUGUCCAGACGCUCUUUGUCCCGACAACGACGAUGACGGCGACCACCACGACGGCCACCAUGUCGCCGAGGUUCCUGCUCCUUCUUGGAUCCCUGUUUCUGCUUGCCGGAACACAAGUCAGAGCACAAGACGAGGAGGGUGCCGAUGGGAUUGACGCGAAUGCCGAAGAGUUGUGCCAAGACAGGCCAGGGGACGAGUAUUUCCGGUUGAACGUCGACGGGGACUGUCGCGAUGUCGUAAGAUGCGACAAAGCAAGCGAGAUUGGCGUGACCAGGUUGGCAACAGUCCGAUGUCCGACAGGUCUGGCGUUCGACAUUGAGAGGCAAACGUGCGACUGGAAGACGAACGUGAAGAAUUGCGACCAACUCGAGAAGCCGCGUAAGGUGCUGCCCAUCCUGAGGACCGACGAACCAGUCUGCCCAGAGGGCAAAUUAUCGUGUGGUAACGGCGAGUGCGUCGACAAGGAGCUCUUCUGCAACGGUAAACCGGAUUGCAAGGACGAAUCCGACGAGAAUGCGUGCACCGUGGAAACCGACCCGAACCGCGCACCGGACUGCGACCCAACCCAAUGCCUGCUCCCCGACUGUUACUGUUCCGCCGACGGUACGAGGAUCCCAGGGAACAUCGAGCCAUCCCAGGUACCCCAAAUGAUCACCAUCACGUUCAACGGAGCCGUGAACGUGGACAACAUCGAUCUCUACGAGGAGAUCUUCAACGGGCAGCGGCAAAACCCCAACGGCUGCCAGAUCAGAGGGACCUUCUUCGUCUCCCACAAGUACACCAACUACUCGGCGGUCCAAGAUCUCCAUCGUCGAGGGCACGAGAUAGCCGUGUUCUCCCUCACCCACAAGGACGAUCCCCAAUAUUGGACCCAGGGCAGUUACGACGAUUGGCUGGCGGAGAUGGCAGGCGCGAGGCUAAUUAUCGAGCGGUUCGCCAACAUUACCGACGGCUCCAUCAUUGGAAUGAGGGCUCCUUACCUUCGAGUGGGCGGCAACAAGCAGUUCGAGAUGAUGGCCGACCAGUUCUUCGUCUACGACGCCUCCAUCACCGCGUCCCUUGGCCGUGUGCCCAUCUGGCCCUACACCCUGUACUUCAGGAUGCCUCACAAGUGCAACGGCAACGGUGGAAACUGUCCGUCCAGGUCCCACCCCGUGUGGGAGAUGGUGAUGAACGAGCUGGACAGAAGGGACGACCCGACUUUCGACGAGUCCCUGCCCGGCUGCCACAUGGUCGACUCGUGUUCCAACAUUCAGACCGGGGAGCAGUUCGCCAGGUUGCUCAGGCAUAACUUCAACAGGCACUUCAACAGCAACAGGGCGCCCCUCGGCCUCCACUUCCAUGCCUCGUGGCUGAAGAGCAAGAAAGAGUACAGGGAGGAGUUGAUCAAGUUCAUCGAGGAGAUGCUGGCCAGAAGCGACGUGUACUUCGUUACCAUGGUCCAGGUGAUCAAAUGGAUGCAAACACCGACGGAGCUCUCGGCGCUCAGAGACUUCCAGGACUGGAAAGAGACCUGCGACGAGAAGGGUCAGCCCUACUGUUCCCUUCCGAACGCCUGCCCGUUGACCACCAGAGAGCUUCCCGGCGAAACCCUUCGUCUGUUCACCUGCAUGGAGUGCCCCAACUACUAUCCAUGGCUGCUCGACCCAACCGGCGACGGUUUCACCGCGAACAAGAAAUGAGCGAUCGGGAGAAAUGAUCGGUCGUUGGUGUGGCGCGUGUCCUCGACAAAAAUUCGGCAAAGAUCGUAUCGAAGAUGAGAAAUUUUCUCGGGGCACACGCGCCUGAACGUGUCGCACUGAAAACGUGUCGCGAACGGAAAACGAGGAAAAAAUCUCUUGCCACGAUUGACUCGAAUCUUACUUAUACCAAGAUUUCGAUUUCGAAAGCAAAUUUGAACGUCGAUGCAUUUACUUAUGUAGGUUUUAAUUUAGUCCGCGAAAUUUUGCACGAGUUCUUAAACGUUGUGAUAUUUUUGAAUGGGAUUUUAUAACAAGUCCAACGAUUUGGUUGAUUGAAUCGUCGUUUUUAUUCUUGAGAUUUUUCUCUCUCUCUCUCUCUCUCUCUCUCCUUAUUAUUGUCGCAGAAGAAAGUCAAAGUUCGAAUUCUCGUUCGCGAAACGGUUUUUCAUGAUUGCAAAAAGAAAAAAAAAAAGAAAGAAUGAAAGAAAGAAAAGGAAAAGAAGAGAACGAAGGGAUUUAUUUCCUCUUUGUUGUGGAGGAACGAGUUCUUCGUGUAAGUUUAUUCAACUUGUACAUAACCACCGUAUCCUUGCCCUUUCUCUGAUCCCUCGUCCCUUUCUUCUGCGGCGCGUAGUGCGUAUUGAUUCAUCGAUCGUUGAGGCGCCGUGUUCACUUGGUUAACGUUUAGCACUUAAGAAAGAGUAAUUAAGUGAGAGUAAUUAAGUAUGUAAUUCUUAGAGUCCCUAUUAAAGUAUUUCACAAUAAACGUUGUACGAAACUAAAAA